AUGACCUUCGCGAAGGUUCAGCUCGCGUUUGAGACGCUGUCCGACCCGCAGCGCAGGGCGACGUACGACCUUCUCGCGCGCGAGUUCGAGUUCACCUACAUCCCGGGCGUCACCCCUCGAGCCCGCGGCGGCGAAGAUUUGAUCCUCGACGAUCUCGAGCGGCUCGGGCUGGACCUCGAUCCGGGGCGGCAGCUCGUCGUUCUCUGCGAGGUGUGCGGCCGGCCUUCGAACAAGACCUGCUACGUUUGCGACUGCCGAUUCUGCGACUUUUGCACGCGCAAGAUGCACUGGAAGGGGCAGUUCGGUCUGCACUACCCUGUACAAAACGCGCCGGGAUCGAUGGCGAGAAGAAUCGCCGAGAAGGAGCUCGAGACCAAGACCUUGGAAGACGGCAGAGAGCGUCAGCUCGAGGAUCCCAACUACCGCAACGACAUCGAGCUCUCGGAGGCGCGCGCCUUCAAGGAGGCCGCCGCGGAAAUCUACGGACUCGGAGCCAAGCCCUGCGACUUUAACGGAACUCUCCCGCACCACGUCAGGCGAUACGACCACCGGCUGUCCCGGUAUUACGCCUGGGCGCAGACCGAACGGAAGGUGUACAUCGCCGUGCACGUUCCAACGGGGUUCGAGGAUAAGCGUGUCCACAUGGAGAUCGGCGGCGGGCACUACGCCGUGCUGCGCGUCCAGGCUGAGGAUUCGGCGCCUGUUCUCGAGCGCCGGUUUGCGUUCCCGAUUGACGAGAAGUGCCCGGUUGACACGCUGCAGACGCAGAUGCGGACCAAGAUGCUCAUCUCCGUAACAAAGGCUGAGCCCGGUCAGACGUGGACGCGACUUUUCGACGGCGACCCGUUCUACGCCAGGUGCCUGCAGCAGCCAUACAAGAUGGAGGAGUCCAGCACGGAAGCAGUGCUCGAGAUCGAGCUCCCUUUUUGGAUCGAGGGCUCCGACUGUGACGUCAAGGUGGAUGAGUACAAACUCACCGUCAACGUUCUGAACGAGAUAGACGGCCUCACGCGCACGUUCUGGCGCCCGGGCGUCGAUCCUAACGAGAAGCAGAAGCACCCGGGGACGCCCCACUAUCUCUUACCCGAAGAGACCGCGUGGAGUCUGGACCGAGAGAUCCACCCCGUCACAAACGAGCCUUACAACGUGUUGAUGAUCUGCCUGGUCAAGCGGCAGCCGACGACGAAUGAGCAGCAGUACAAGAAGGGCCAAGUGCAGGACAACAGGUUCGCCGAGAUCCCCAUGACCAACCCGCCGUACUGCAAGGGCGUACGUAUGUUCGUCGAGGACAUGGACAGGUUCUCGCUGGAGGAUGACCUGCAGGCGAUGUGCUUCAUGGAGACUGGCUCCACGUGGCGGCCAGCAAAGCCGUGGGCCAAGUACUGGGGUAGCGCCUCAUCGGGCGAUCCCGAGCAGGAUAUCGUCGCGACCGAGGUGGACAUGCUCCCACAGGGUGCGAAGUUGACGCUCGAGGCCUUCCUCAAGGCGGAGGAAAAACGGCAGGAGGAGGAGCUGAACGUGGAGUGCGGCGGUUUGGUCACAGCAUGCGAAGAGAUGAUCCACGGUGGACCUCGCUACUGA